UUUGUGUCGGGGUGAACGUGCACUUAUCAACACUCCUCAUCACAACACUCACACAGAGAGAGGCUCGGUAGAGUUAAGAUGGCGGCAUGUGGGUGAGGAGCCUGGGACUCAAACUCUUAAGUUUUUUUGCAUUUAAUUGACUCCUAUGAAACCAAACACGUACAGCAGUCGAAGGAACAACAAUUCGCACAUCUUUCACGAGUCUCUGUGUGAUUUUGGAUCGACUCCAUGACAUCUAUUCACUUCGUUGUUCACCCGUUGCCCGGGACCGAGGAUCAGCUCAAUGACAGGCUCCGUGAAGUCUCAGAGAAGCUUAACAAAUAUAGCUAUAACAGUCAUCCACAUCUUAGUCUGCUUGAGCAGGCCACCUUAAAGCAGUGUGUUGUUGGUCCAAACCAUGCUGGAUUUCUCCUUGAGGAUGGACGUGUGUGCAGAAUCAGCUUUGCGGUCCAACCCGAUCGCCUGGAGCUCAACAAACCGGAUGGCAGCGAUGGUUCAAAGUUGAGCAGUGGUUCAGGGACAGGAAGGAGCUCCAGGCCAGGCAGGACCAGUGAUCCACCCUGGUUCCUGUCUGGUUCUGACACACUGGGCAGACUGGCAGGCAACACCCUUGGGAGUCGCUGGAGCUCUGGGGUAAAUGGAGGAAGCGGAGGGGGAGGAAGCAGCGGAGGAGCAGGAGGAGGUGGAGCUGGAGGUGGCAGCAGCGGAGGAGGAGGAGGAGGAGGAGGAAGCGGCGGCAGUGGCGCCGGGGGAGGUGGGAGUGGAAGCACAUCAGGCAGGUCAUCCACAGCUGCUCGAGAUUCUCGUCGCCAGACCCGAGUGAUCCGCACAGGAAGGGAUCGUGGAUCGGGACUUCUAGGUAGCCAGCCUCAGCCGGUCAUACCAGCUUCAGUCAUUCCUGAGGAACUUAUUACGCAGGCUCAGGUAGUUCUGCAGGGGAAAUCAAGAAGUGUCAUCAUCAGGGAACUCCAGAGGACUAACCUCGACGUUAACCUAGCUGUUAAUAACCUGCUCAGCCGGGACGAUGAAGAUGGAGAUGAUGGGGAUGACACAGCUAGUGAAUCCUACCUCCCUGGAGAAGACCUAAUGUCCCUGCUGGAUGCAGACAUUCACUCCGCUCAUCCCAGUGUUAUUAUAGAUGCUGAUGCCAUGUUCUCUGAGGACAUCAGCUACUUUGGUUACCCGUCUUUUAGGCGCUCUUCACUUUCACGCCUAGGAUCCUCCAGAGUUCUCCUUCUUCCCCUAGAGCGUGACUCGGAGCUGUUGCGUGAACGUGAGUCUGUAUUGAGGUUACGUGAGCGCCGGUGGCUUGACGGAGCUUCAUUUGACACCGAGCGGGGCUCCACCAGCCGUGAGGGCGAACCCAGCCUCGACAAGAAGAGCAUCCCAGUCCAGAGUCCCGUUUCCCUGGGGGAGGAGCUUCAGUGGUGGCCUGACAAGGACGGUGUGAAGUUUGUGAGCAUUGGAGCCAUGUUCUCAGAGCUCAUAGCUGUGAGCUCCAAAGGAGAGCUUUAUCAGUGGAAGUGGAGCGAACCAGAACCCCACAGGAAUGCACAGAAUCCUUCCAUUCAUCACCCUCGUGUAUCCUUCCUGGGCCUGGCUAAUGAGAAGAUUACCUUACUGGCUGCCAACAGCAUCAGAGCUACUGUAGCAACGGAGUCCAACAAGGUGGCCACCUGGGUGGAUGAUACUCUGAGCACAGUAGCCUCUAAACUUGAGCACAGCGCUCAGGCUUUCCCUGAGCUACAGGGGGAGCGCAUGGUGUCCCUGCACUGCUGUGCACUUUACACGUGUGCACAGCUGGAAAAUAGCCUCUACUGGUGGGGUGUUGUGCCUUUUAGUCAAAGAAAGAAGAUGCUUGAGAAGGCCAGAGCCAAGAACAAAAAGCCAAAGUCCAGCGCUGGCAUCUCCUCCAUACCCAACAUCACUGUGGGAACACAGGUGUGUCUGAGGAAUAACCCCCUCUACCAUGCCGGUGCAGUGGCCUUUUCUGUCAGUGCCGGGAUUCCCAAAGUAGGCGUCCUGCUGGAGUCGGUUUGGAAUAUGAACGACAGCUGCAGAUUCCAGCUGCGCUCACCAGAGAGCCUCAAGAACAUGGAGAAAACCACAAAGACCCAGGAAAUCAAAAUGGAAAGUAAACCGGAGCUGGUGAAGACUGAGAUGGGUCCUCCUCCAUCCCCUGCUUCUACCUGCAGUGAUGCUUCUUCCAUUGCUAGCAGUGCCUCUCUGCCCUACAAACGGAGGCGUUCCACCCCAGCUCCCAAAGAGGAAGAGAAGGUGAACGAGGAGCAGUGGCCUCUCAGGGAGGUGGUCUUCGUGGAGGAUGUCAAAAAUGUUCCUGUGGGAAAGGUUCUGAAGGUGGAUGGUGCGUAUGUUGCUGUGAAGUUUCCUGGGACAUCAAGUAGCAUGAGCAACCAAAGCACUGCUGUUCCCACUGACCCGGACCCGUCAUCACUGCUGCAGGAUUGUAGGCUCCUCAGAAUAGAUGAGCUACAGGUGGUGAAAACUGGAGGGACUCCAAAAGUUCCAGAUUGUUUUCAGCGAACACCUAAAAAACUCUGUAUCCCAGAGAAAGCAGAGAUUCUGGCUGUAAACGUUGACUCAAAAGGAGUCCAUGCUGUGCUGAAAACUGGUAACUGGGUGAGGUACUGCAUCUUUGACCUGGCCACUGGCAAAGCUGAGCAGGAAAAUAACUUUCCUACCAGUAACCUGGCCUUUCUGGGACAAAGUGAACGCAAUGUGGCCAUCUUCACUGCAGGACAGGAGUCUCCUAUUAUCCUUCGAGAUGGAAACGGCACAAUUUAUCCCAUGGCUAAAGACUGCAUGGGUGGAAUAAGAGAUCCUGAUUGGUUGGACCUGCCUCCUAUAAACAGCCUGGGAAUGGGGGUUCACUCUCUGGCCAAUCUCCCAUCGAACUCCACCAUCAAAAAGAAAGCUGCUAUUAUUAUUAUGGCUGUUGAGAAACAGACAUUGAUGCAACAUGUGCUGCGUUGUGACUAUGAGGCUUGCCGACAGUAUCUGAUGAACCUUGAGCAGGCCUUCCUCUUGGAUCAGGGCAGUCAGGCCCUCGGAGCACUUCUGAGUCAUCGAUGUGAUGGAAACCGCAACAUCCUCCACGCUGCAGUCUCCGUCUCCUUCCCUGUUAGCAACAAGGAGACCAAAGAGGAGGAAGAAGCUGAAAGGUCAGAGAGAAACACGUUUGCUGAACGCCUGUCUGCUGUUGAAGCGAUUGCCAAUGCUAUCUCUGUGGUAUCGAGCAACAGCUCAGGAAACAGGACAGGCUCCUCCAGCAGCAGAGGGCUUCGUCUACGGGAAAUGAUGAGGAGGUCUCUCAGAGCUGCAGGUCUUGGCCGCCAUGAGUCUGGACCUUCAUCCAGUGACCAUCAAGACCCAGUCUCUCCACCCAUUGCUCCUCCAAGCUGGGUUCCAGACCCCCCACCAAUGGACCCUGAUGGGGACAUUGACUUCAUUCUAGCACCAGCUGUUGGUUCACUAACAACGGCUUCCUCUGGCAACAGCCAGGGACCCAGCACCUCCACCAUACCAGGACCAUCAACUGAGCCCUCUGUGGUUGAGUCUAAGGACAGGAAGGCCAAUGCUCACCUCAUCUUAAAGCUGAUGUGUGAUAGUGUUAUUCUGAGGCCACACCUACGGGAGAUGCUCUCUGCAAAGGAUGCUAGAGGAAUGACUCCAUUCAUGCUGGCUGUCAGUGGUAGAGCCUACCCAGCAGCYAUUACUGUGCUGGAAGCUGCUCAGAAAAUUGCCAAGAUGGGUGACCCCAGCAUUGCUGAGAAAGAAGAUGCAGAUUCUGUGUUCAUGGAAAUGAUUUGUCCCUCGGGAACCAACCCAGAUGAUUCUCCACUUUAUGUCCUCUGUUGCAACGACACCUGCAGUUUCACCUGGACCGGAGCUGAGCACAUUAACCAGGACAUCUUCGAGUGUCGGACAUGUGGACUGCUGGAGUCUCUCUGCUGCUGCACCGAGUGUGCCCGAGUGUGUCACAAAGGACACGACUGCAAGCUGAAGAGAACUUCUCCUACAGCGUACUGUGACUGCUGGGAGAAAUGCAAGUGUAAAACACUGAUAGCCGGCCAGAAGGCUGCUCGGCUGGAUCUGUUGUACAGGUUACUCACAACUACAAACUUGGUCACUACACCGAACAGCAGAGGGGAGCAUAUUUUAUUAUUCCUGGUUCAGACUGUAGCCAGACAAAGCGUUGAGCACUGUCAGUACAGGCCGCCACGCAUAAGAGAAGACCGGAACCGCAAAUCUGCUAAUGCAGAAGACUCUGACAUGCCAGAUCAUGACCUUGAACCUCCUCGGUUUGCUCAGCUGGCUCUGGAGAGGGUCCUGCAGGACUGGAACGCCCUCAAGUCUAUGAUCAUGUUUGGUUCUCAGGAAAACAAGGAUCCACUUAGUGCCAGCAGCAGAAUUGCCCACCUCCUGCCUGAAGAACAGGUGUACUUGAAUCAGCAGAGUGGCACCAUUCGUCUCGACUGUUUCACACACUGCCUCAUCGUCAAGUGUGCUCCUGACAUCACUUUUAUAGAUACGUUACUUGGAACUUUGGUGAAGGAGCUGCAGAACAAAUAUACUCCGGGCCGGAGAGAGGAGGCCAUCACUGUCACCAGGAGGUUCCUGCGUUCCGUAGCUCGGGUCUUUGUUAUCCUCAGCGUAGAGAUGGCCUCAUCCAAAAAGAAGAACAACUUCAUCCCCCAGCCGAUUGGGAAAUGUCGGCGCGUGUUCCAGGCUUUGCUGCCCUACGCUGUGGAGGAGUUGUGUAACGUGGCAGAGUCGCUCAUCGUGCCAGUGCGGAUGGGCAUCGCAAGACCCACAGCUCCUUUCACUUUGGCCAGCACAAGCAUAGAUGCAGUUCAGGGCAGCGAGGAACUGUUCUCUGUUGAACCCCUACCUCCAAGACCCUCACCGGACCAGUCCAGCAGCUCGAGCCAAACGGUUGCCUCUUAUAUCAUCAGGAACCCUCAGCCUCGCCGCAGCAGCCAGUCUCAGCCUGUCAGAGGAAGAGACGAGGAGCAGGACGACAUCGUGUCAGCAGAUGUAGAAGAGGUUGAAGUUGUAGAAGGUGUAGCGGGGGAGGAGGACCACCAUGAUGACCAAGAGGAACAGGGAGAAGAAAACGCUGAGGCAGAGGGGCAGCACGAUGAGCAUGAUGAAGAUGGAAGUGACAUGGAGUUGGACCUGCUGGCAGCAGCUGAAACGGAGAGCGACAGUGAAAGCAACCACAGUAAUCAGGACAAUGCCAGCGGCCGCAGGAGUGUCGUCACAGCAGCCACCGCUGGCUCUGAAGCAGGUGCCAGCAGUGUUCCUGCCUUCUUUUCAGAGGACGACUCCCAGUCCAACGACUCCAGUGACUCAGACAGCAGCAGCAGUCAGAGCGAUGACGUCGACCAGGAGACAUUCCUUUUAGAUGAGCCGCUGGAAAGGACCACCAGCGCCUCACAUGCUAACUCUGCAGCCCAGGCUCCUCGCUCCAUGCAGUGGGCUGUUAGAAACACUCCCAGCCAAAGGGCGAGUGGAAGUGCUCCCUCCAGCUCUUCAACACCAGCUGCGAGCUCCACAGGCUUGAUCUAUAUCGAUCCUACCAAUCUGCGCCGUUCCAGUGCAAUCAGCUCCAGUGCAGCAGCGGCAGCAGCAGCUCUGGAGGCCAGUAACUCCAGCAGCUACUUGACGUCUGCCAGUAGCCUGGCUCGUGCCUACAGCAUCGUCAUCAGGCAGAUCUCAGACCUYAUGAGUCUGAUUCCAAAGUACAACCAUCUCGUCUACUCUCAGUAUCCUGCAGCUGUAAAGCUGUCCUACCAAGAUGCAGUCAACCUGCAGAAUUAUGUUGAAGAAAAGCUGAUUCCAACCUGGAAUUGGAUGGUGUCCAUCAUGGAUUCUACCGAGGCCCAGUUGCGAUACGGCUCAGCUCUGUCAUCAGCCGGAGACCCGGGUCACCCCAGUCACCCGCUUCACGCCUCUCAGCACUCUGCUCGCAGAGAACGCAUGACCGCUCGAGAGGAGGCCAGCCUCCGCACUCUGGAAGGCCGCAGGAGAGCGGCCACUCUGUUGACCGCUCGUCAAGGCAUGAUGUCAGCACGUGGAGACUUCCUGAACUACGCACUGUCUCUGAUGCGCUCUCACAACGAUGAGCAUUCUGAUGUGCUUCCUGUCCUGGACGUGUGCUCUCUGAAACAUGUGGCCUACGUUUUCCAGGCCCUGAUUUACUGGAUAAAGGCCAUGAACCAGCAGACCACCCUGGACACCCCACAGAUGGAUAGAAAGAGGAAUCGAGAGAUUUUGGAGCUUGGUUUGGACAAUGAGGAUUCUGAGCAUGAGAACGAUGAGGACACUAAUCAAAGUUCAACUCUUCAGGACAAAGAUGAAGACCCAGUUUCAUCUGAGACUGGUCAGAACCACCCUUUCUUUCGCCGCUCUGACUCCAUGACCUUCCUGGGCUGCAUCCCACCCAACCCCUUUGAUGUUCCUCUCGCGGAGGCCAUUCCACUGGCRGACCAGCCCCAUCUCCUGCAGCCUAAUGCAAGGAAGGAGGAUCUGUUUGGCCGUCCCUCACAGGGCUUGUACUCUUCCUCCUACAUGACGACCAAAGGCCUGGCUGAGACCAGCGUAAACAGGAACUGCCUGGAGGUAAACAUGGGCUCCUCUCUCCUCUCCUCCCCUUCCCAGAUCCUUCCCACCAAGAUGUCUUACACMGCCAACCUGAAAAAUGUCAUGAGCAUGGAGCUUGGCCAGCGGAGCGCUGAGAACCAGUCGCUGGGCGAACAGGAGCUGGAGKCUUCAAAACUGGGACCUUCACCACACGACCUCGCUGCUCAGCUAAAGAGCAGCCUGCUCGCAGAGAUCGGCCUCACUGAGAGCGACGGUCCUCCUCUCCCAUCAUUUAGACCUCACUGCAGCUUCAUGGGGAUGAUGAUCUCACAUGAUAUGCUUCUUGGCCGCUGGCGUCUGUCGCUUGAACUCUUUGGUCGUGUCUUCAUGGAGGAUGUAGGAGCAGAGCCUGGAUCGAUUCUCACUGAGCUGGGUGGCUUCGAGGUGAAGGAAUCCAAGUUCCGACGAGAGAUGGAGAAAUUAAGGAACCUUCAGUCUCGUGACCUGGCCCUGGAGGUGGACCGUGAUCGGGACCAGCUAAUACAGCAGACCAUGCGCCAGCUGAAUGCACACUUYGGCAGGCGGUGCACAACCACGCCCAUGGCUGUACACCGGGUCAAGGUCACCUUUAAAGAUGAGCCUGGAGAAGGCAGCGGCGUGGCCCGCAGCUUCUACACAGCCAUCGCGCUGGCCCUCCUCUCCAACGAUAAGCUGCCCAACCUGGACUGUGUUCAGAGUGUCAGCAAGGGCAUGCAGGCCAGCAGUACGUGUCAUCACGAUUACAAUUCAAAUCUAAUGCAGCGUCUGAGGAACAGAGACCGAGAAAGAGAGAGGAGAAGUGGAGGACUUCGAGCGGGAUCUCGGAGAGAUCGAGACAGAGAUUCCCGGAGGCAGUUGUCCAUAGACACCCGGCCUUUCAGGCCCUCAUCAGAGGGAAACCCCAGUGAUGAGCCGGACCCUYUGCCUGCACACAGACAAGCCCUCGGAGAGCGACUGUACCCACGAGUUCACGCAAUGCAGCCGGCGUUUGCCAGUAAAAUUACAGGCAUGUUGCUGGAGUUGUCUCCAGCUCAGCUGCUGCUGCUUCUAGCAAGUGAGGAUUCUCUCCGAGCCCGAGUAGAAGAGGCCAUGGAGCUUCUCAUUGCACAUGGAAGGGAAAAYGGAGCCGACAGCAUACUGGAUCUUGGGCUUCCUGAGGCUUCAGAAAAGACACAGCAGCAGGAGAACCGUAAGCGUCACGGUUCAACACGCAGCGUGGUUGACAUGGAGCUGGAUGAUCCAGAUGACGGGGACGACAACGCUCCUCUUUUCUACCAGCCUGGYAAACGAGGCUUUUACUCGCCUCGGCCAGGCAAAAACACAGAGGCCAGGCUCAACUGUUUCCGUAACAUCGGCAGAAUCUUGGGGUUGUGUCUGCUGCAGAAUGAACUCUGUCCAAUCACACUGAACAGACACGUCAUCAAAGUGCUGCUUGGUAGAAAGGUCAACUGGCAUGACUUUGCGUUCUUUGACCCGGUCAUGUACGAGAGCUUGCGUCAGCUGAUCCGUCAUUCACAGACGGGUGAAGCAGAUGCAGUAUUUGCUGCCAUGGAUCUGGCCUUUGCCAUYGACCUCUGCAAAGAGGAAGGAGCUGGACAGGUGGAGCUUCUGUCUGGAGGAGUCAACAUGCCAGUCACUCCCAUCAACGGCGAUGAGGAAGGGUUUGCUGGACGUACUUCCUAAAAACGCCCUGGAGGAUCUAACAGCGGAGGACUUCAGGCUGCUGGUGAACGGCUGUGGAGAAGUCAACGUCCAGAUGCUGAUCAGCUUCACUUCUUUCAAUGAUGAAUCAGGGGAAAACGCAGACAAACUACUCCAGUUUAAACGGUGGUUUUGGUCCAUAGUAGAGAAGAUGAGCAUGACUGAAAGGCAAGAUCUGGUGUACUUCUGGACCUCCAGCCCUUCUCUGCCAGCCAGCGAAGAGGGCUUCCAGCCAAUGCCCUCCAUCACCAUCCGGCCUCCAGACGACCAGCACCUCCCCACAGCCAAUACCUGCAUUUCACGUCUCUACGUGCCACUCUACUCUUCAAAACAAAUACUUAAACAGAAACUCCUGCUAGCCAUUAAGACCAAGAAUUUUGGUUUUGUGUAGAAGUUCAACAGAACAGUUUCAAAAAAUAAAAUAAAAAUGCGUUUACUGUUGUGUAAUAUUUACCUAGCUCCAUUUUUGUAGAUUUUUUUUGUCCAGUUUUAUGAAAUUUGACAUAAGGUCACUAUCUCCCCAUAUGUUAAUAAUUGUUUGUGUUGUGAACACAAACAGCAUACUUACUUUCUUUUUGUUUCUUUUGUUGUAAUAAAGAGGUAUACGGUCCAGAACAUUCCUGUAUUGGCACUGUAAAACAUAAAGCCCCACAGCUCUGUUCUAUUGGCUUAAACCUUCGUUUACCAGGAAUUGUGUUUGACAGUAAACUGUCAGCCAAAAACUUAGCCAAAGAUGACAGCAGUAGAAAUAUUAAAAAGAAAAGAAGAGACACUGUGAUUAAUUUCUUUUUCCUUCCCAAGAAAAGUACUAUCACUGACAGUUCACUGCUGCCUUUAUGGAAAGUCUUUUUUUUUUUUCUUGUACAGGGGGAGUAGGGAAUUUCAGAAUAAACUUGGAUGUAAAUAAGUUGUGUGGUCAUUUUGUUUGUAGGAAUUGUGUGAUAAUCAAUAUAUUGACCUAGCUGAUAGAGGCGAAAAUUAAAAAAUUACUAAGUGAAA